AUGUCAAAAUUGCCCCCACAACAUAUAAGCGUUGGAAAAUCUUUAUACUUCUACUGUUCCUUCUCCCAUAAAUCACCGUUGCCUACUGCUGCAGAGUUUCUCCAUCAUGUUCAUCUUUCUCUAUCGCCGGUGAUGAUACUCUCACUUGCUGCCGCUGCUCCGACUAGUCACUGCUGCUGUUCAUAUUUUUUUCAUCCAUUGAAACGGAUUCUUUGGAUCUGGUUACUAGCAUGUGUUUGGAGAUGUCCUGUUUCCAAGGAUUAUUCUUCUGUCCUGAAGCUGCUUCUUUGCUACUUCACAACUUCUGCAUUUAUCACAUCAGUCCUCCCGAGCACGAGGUAUGCAGAUGAUGCCUAUGCAAUAUUCUGUACAGGGAAGUGGGACAGGGUUUGGCCUAUUGACCAUAUGCUGAACAAAUACUGGGAUUUUCUCUGGUUAUUAAGAAAAUACCAUGAUAGAGACUCAGUAGAUGGAGAAUGAUUUGGUUGUUUACAGGGAAUAUAAAUUUAAGAAUGUAGCUUUCUGUGUUGUUUGAACACUGUGAGAGCUAUAUGAUGUUCUGGUUCCUUGAUGGUUGAACCUUGAUCCAUAGAAUACAGGAUUCAUGUUUAUAUUCAGAGAUUGCAAGAUAUCCAACAUUCA